AUAUGAUGUCAUUGUGUGCUUCACUGGGAUCUAAGUUCGACGACAGGACUCGCGUGACUCCAGUGGUGGGCGAAGUGUAUUUGGCGCGUGCCAUCGCCGACAACGAGACGUAUCGCGCGGUUGUCCUCGAAGUGACCGGAGACCAGUGCAGAGUCCAGUACAUCGACUUCGGCAACGAAGAAGUCAUUGACUCGAGUUCUCUCAUGCAAUUGACACCCGAAAUGAGUGUCUCUUCUGUGGCGCCCAUUGCCAUCAAAUGUAGAGUCGAUUCCACGAAACUAAGUGCUGAUAAUUUGGAGAAGAAGUUGGAUCAGGCCAUCGAUGGCUCGUUUCUUAUCAAAAUAAAGAUCCUUUCCAUCGAGAACUCUGUCCACUCAGUCGAAGUUUACUAAGCGUUCAUUUCAUGCAAACAUUUUUCACUACAUAUAAGAUUUCGUUUAUUUUUUAAAUACUUGUUUUUUUAUUUUCAACUAAUUAUGAAUCACUGAAUAAUUAUAAUACCAAUAGUUAGUCC